GCACGCACGCACGCACAGGCACGCGCUCACGGGAGCUCCGGCCGCCCCUCCCCCGCACGGCCGUGACAUCGCCGCCGCCGCGCCCCGCUCGCCCCGUCCUGCCCCCGCUGCGGGACGCGCCGAGGGACACGCUCGCCUCACCCGACACCAAGCAGGUCCUGGGGGGGGACGUGCCUCGGCCCCGUGCACCGAGACUUUGUCCCUAGCAUUUGACACUGUGUACCAAAGAAAUGGUGAUGGAGAAGCCAAGUCCCCUGCUCGUAGGGCGGGAGUUUGUGAGACAGUACUACACUCUGCUAAAUAAAGCUCCUGACUUCUUGCACAGGUUUUAUGGCAGGAAUUCUUCUUACGUCCAUGGAGGACUGGAUGCUAGUGGGAAACCGCAAGAAGCAGUGUAUGGUCAAGCUGAGAUACACAAGAAAGUGAUGUCAUUACAGUUCAGCGAAUGCCACACCAAGAUUCGCCACGUGGAUGCUCAUGCUACUCUGAGUGAUGGGGUGGUUGUGCAAGUCAUGGGAGAGCUGUCCAACAAUGGGCAGCCGAUGAGGAAAUUCAUGCAGACUUUUGUUCUUGCCCCAGAAGGAUCUGUUCCAAACAAGUUCUAUGUCCAUAAUGAUAUCUUCAGAUACGAGGAUGAAGUAUUUGGGGAUUCAGAAGGAGAACUUGAUGAAGAGUCUGAGGAAGAGGUGGAAGAGGAGCAGGAGGAAAGACAACCAUCACCUGAACCUGUGCAAGAGAAUGCAAGCAGUACUUAUUAUGAAAACCAUCCUGUAACCAAUGGGAUAGAGGAGACACUAGAAGAAUCAUCUCAUGAGCCUGAGCCAGAAUUGGAAUCUGAAACGAAAACUGAGGAGCUGAAAGCUGAAGCAGAGGAAAAGACCCUUGAGGAGCUAGAAGAGAAGUCUCCAUCUCCACCUCCUGUAGAACCUGUCUCACUACCACAAGAACCACCAAAGGCUUUCUCUUGGGCUUCAGUGACCAGUAAAAACCUGCCUCCUAGUGGUACUGUUUCUUCCUCUGGAAUUCCACCCCAUGUUAAAGCACCCGUCUCACAGCCAAGAGUUGAAACUAAACCUGAAGCUCAGUCUCAGCCUCCUCGUGUACGUGAACAGCGUCCCAGGGAAAGACCAGGUUUUCCACCCCGAGGACCUCGACCAGGGAGAGGCGACAUGGAGCAGAAUGAGUCAGAUAAUCGUCGAAUAAUUCGCUAUCCAGAUAGCCACCAGCUCUUUGUUGGGAACUUGCCACAUGAUAUUGAUGAGAGUGAACUGAAAGAGUUCUUCAUGAGCUUUGGAAAUGUGGUAGAACUUCGCAUAAAUACUAAAGGAGUGGGAGGCAAACUGCCUAAUUUUGGCUUCGUGGUAUUUGAUGAUUCUGAGCCGGUCCAGCGAAUUUUAGUUGCAAAACCCAUUAUGUUCCGGGGUGAGGUGCGCUUGAACGUAGAAGAGAAAAAAACAAGAGCCGCUCGUGAGAGAGAGACCCGUGGUGGAGGCGACGAUCGUAGGGAUAUUCGUCGCAAUGAUAGAGGCCCUGGGGGUCCCCGUGGAAUAGUGGGUGGUGGCAUGAUGCGAGACCGUGAUGGAAGAGGACCCCCUCCGAGAGGUGGCAUGGCACAGAAACUUGGCUCUGGACGAGGAACCGGGCAAAUGGAAGGCCGUUUCACUGGACAGCGUCGCUGAGAUCUCCACUGUGGGCAGACAGUCUUGGCAGUGGUACAUUAUCCAUCGUGUUUGCAUUCUUGUUAAUUUUUUUUGGCUUUGGAAUGUGACACAGCCCUUCUGAUCAUUUCUUUGAUGUGAAAGCAUCCUUUGGUUUCCAGUUUAAAUUGAGGUGGAUGUUCUUUCCCCAGUUUCACAACAGGAGUCACACUGUUAAUUUAUAAACGUAGACUUGGAGAAUUGAGGACUGGAAAAAAAAAAGAAAAAAAGACCGGUUAACUAUCUGCAACACAGUGAACUAAAGGACAUGCCCAAUAGAGUUCAGGUCCUUGCAGUCAAAAACCCUCUGCUGCACAUUUUGUGUGAGUGUUCCUGUUUCUGCCUGUUCCUGUUGGAAACACAAAUAGUGCAAUUUGUGCAAUUGGAGAAGCUUGCCUUUUUUUUUUCCUCUUUAGAACACUCGGCUCCAAACAAACAAACUCGUGUUUACGCACUCAUCAAAAUGCACUAAUGGGUACUCCGAACUCAUUUGUACUGACAUCGGCAGGAGGCAUCGGAGGGAAAAAACCUUCAUCCUCUUACUCAGACAGAAUAGCUUGUGAAACGAUGCGGGCAUCCGAUCUGCUUGCUGUGACCAACAUAUGUACACACACAAACCUUAAUAAGACUACGAGUUUAUUCCAGAAGGAAUCCAUUUAGCUGUAACCUAAACAGAAGCCAGAGUUUCCAAGUCGUAGCCCUGAGUACGCAACAAGUUUGAUAGCUCACGUCAGGUUUUUCUAUCUGCCCCUCUGCAGUACAGGGAUGGCUGCUCAACACACUCCUCCUUCCCCUCUCCCCUCCAAUAAGCGUUGUACAGUGAAAUUUGUCUUGACUGUAUUCGAGUUCUCUGGUAAUGUAAUACGCAUGAUGGUGCCUUCUAUGAAUACAUCAUUCCAGUCUUGCUGGUGAUUUUGUACAGUAGUGUGUAUGAAUUACUGUGCUGCAAAGCCAAUUGGCUGCAAAGCAUUUCAAGGAAAUCGUUGGAAAAUUGUAUUAAAAAAAUUGCAGUAUCUUUCAAUCAGUAAACGUUGCUAAAAUCACCAUCCACCUUGCUCUUCAAUUAACAAGUUCGCCUGUUUUUUUGCAGAGGGGGGGAAGGGAGGAAGAAGGCAUCCAAGUAGUCUCCAGGUUGUCUCUUCUCUUUAACCAGUAUCAAAGCUAAAGAAAACGGAUUGAAAUCUCUCUCUCAGACGUGAAUUUCAGAAGUAGGUCAAGAACGGUGAAGGCUUUUGGCCAGCUCCUAAUCAGUAGAACUGAGCAUCCUUUGUGAGGGUGAGCUUAUCUAACGAGGAUACUGCAAUUUUCAGAGAACAAAACAGCGGCUCUUAAGUAUUUGCAUUUUUCCAGUUGCACUUUUUACAGAACUCUUAGUCGUUUUGCACAUAACGCUCGGCUGACGUUGACACUUGUGCAGCUCCAGACUGGAAGGUAGAAAGGAGACCCUCCUGUCCAGCAUGGCUGGCGGGUUUCCCCACGGAGGGGCCUGCACGUGGCGUGGUGCUGGUGCACGGCGCUGGCAACUGUGGCCACAGCAGGUGGUGGGGGCAGCACGGUGCCGGGGCGUGUGGCAAGCAGGGGGGUUGCCCGUGCCUCUGUGCGGAAGUGUGACCACUUAGAGCUGCUCCUCAGCGCAGAAGACCUCAAACUAAAACACGGCAACGUCAGGCAAAAGCAGAUAGGGCAUCAUGGCGCUGUCUCUGGAUUAUGCAAUCAUUUGCUGGUUUUGAGUAAGCUGGAAGAUUUUGCACAUAUUUUUCUGAUACGUUAGGCAAUGUGAAGUAGCAUCUGUCUGUUUUCUCCCAGACUCGAGGUCUUCUGUGUUCGAUGGUAAGUCUUGCACUAUUUUCAUACACUUGUUUUCCUGGGGCACGUUUCUGCCAAUGUCCAUUUGCAUAUUUCAGUUUUCUGUUGAAGGUCUGGCAUUGUCAGCUGUUACCUGGAAAUCUGUAGUACUUGAACUGCUCGCCACACACCACCACUACUUGGGUUUGAAGCCUCCGGACAGAUUGCUGUCAUGGGUUAGCAGUUUGCCACCAGUGUGUUUUGUAUAGCUGCUGCCUUUUUUUUUGUUUGGUUUUUCUUUUUUCCUUUUGUAGUGCUGUGGUGUUUUGCUGCCACCUAAUCCCUUUGUAUGGCCAAUGGCACUGGGAAUGAUCUCAACCACAAAAAAUGGAGUAUUAAAAGGAGCUACUGAGCCACUAUACUCCUGGCUUGCUUCUUCUUUAAGUGAUGUGAACAGCCAUUGGAACAUCAUCCAGAGAAGUUUACACAGUGAUAGCUCACCUGCGCUGUGCUGCGGACUCUUAACGUCUUCUCAGUAGUAAACAUCCCUCGUAGAGCAGAGGAAGGGAUUUGCUGACCAUUGCUGUUAGUUGCUGAUGUGUGGAUGGUGGGAGUAUUUUGUCGUUAUGGUUCUGUUGCAACACACUUGGCUGACCAUCUUGGCUUUCGUAGGUAUAAAGACAGUGGUUUACCACCUUUAUUGCUGUAACGUGUCAAGCAUUAUAUGCUAGUAGAUUCUAGUUUAAUUGUCGCAGGUGGAAAUAUUUUUACUUUUAAGUUUCCAUUCUGAAUGUGUUUUGACAAAACAUACCAAUAAACUACUGAUGUCUGCA